GCCAGCCAGGGGAGGUGGGAGUAAGCCUUGGACCCAGGUGCUCAGGUUACCGGCAGGCUGCUGCUGCUGCUGCUGCUGCUGCUGCUGCUGCUGCUGGCACCAAGUCCCAGAGUGCUGCAGAGCCUGUGUGCUCAACAGAUGAGUCACACGCCUGGGGCUUUCAGUGGCGGGGAGGAUGGAGUUUGAACUCUCCUGAGCCACUGCCCUGCUCCCCAGCCCGGCCGAGCCCCAUGGCUAGCCGAGGAGGCAGCGGGAGCACCAGCAAGCCCCAGGGCUUGGGAGGCCAGCCCUAUCGCCAGGCCUUUGCAAACCCACUGAUGAGUGAUUUUGUGUCUGAUUGGUCUCCCAUGCAUGAUGCUGCUGUUAAUGGACGUCUCCUUUCUCUAAGGAUGCUCAUCAGUCAGGGAUAUGGUGUAAACCUCAUUACAGCUGAUCGAGUGUCUCCACUUCAUGAAGCUUGUCUAGGGGGCCACUCGACUUGUGCCGGUGUUCUGUUGAAGCAUGGGGCUCAGGUGGAUGGAGUGACUGUUGAUUGGCACACACCUCUGUACAAUGCCUGUGUAAGUGGAAGCCAGGACUGUGUGAACUUACUGUUAGAACAUGGAGCGAGUCCUCACGCUGUGUGUGAUCUUGCAUCUCCCAUCCAUGAAGCUGCUAAAAGAGGUCACCUGGGGUGUAUGGAAUCCCUUGUAUCUCACGGAGCAAAUAUAAAUGAAAAUAUCAGACACCUUGGCACUCCUCUUUAUGUGGCUUGUGAAAACCAGCAGAUAGCCUGUGCCAAGAGGCUACUUGAAUCAGGAGCAAAUGCUAAUCAAGGCAAAGAGCUGGAUUCUCCUCUUCACGUGGCAGCUAGGAACUCCAGUUCGGACCUGGUUCAUUUGCUGAUAGACUUUGGAGCAGAGCCACACUCAAAGAAUGCGGAAGGCAAACGGCCAGUGGAUUUGGUGCCCCCGAAUAGCACCCUAGCACAAGUAUUCUCCCAGAAAGAAGGGCCUCUGUCUUUGAUGCAGAUUUGCCGACUACGCAUUAGGAAGUGCUUUGGAAUCAAACAGCAUCAUAGAAUAAGCGAACUACUUCUUCCCGAGGAGCUGAAACGAUUUCUCUUACACAUCUAAACCUGUUCUUGUUUCCAUAAAUAAGAGGCCAACACACUAGCAUAUUAAAAUCAUCCUUCUUUAAAAAAAAAGAAGAAGAAGAAGAAGAAGAAGAAGAACACUGUGGGGCUGACUAGUGGCAUUGUUGUUUUUGUGCCUUGUAUUUCCAGAAUAAAGUUGGAUUAUGUUGGA